CCCCCCCCCCCCCCCCCCCCCCCCCCCCCCCCCCCCCCCCCCCCCCCCCCCCCCCCCCCCCCCCCCCCCCCCCCCCCCCCCCCCCGCCGCCCAAGAUGAGUGUGAGUUAAUGUAUGAAGCACCACGAACUAACAACAAGUUGGGAAGUAUUUUUGACUGGACAUUUUAUAAACGUGUGAGAUUGCUGGAUCCUGAAACUCUGCGAUUCCGAAAUUCGAAAUCCUUUCCAUUUAUGAAAUGGUGUUGUUCGAAACUUCUCACAUUCUAAAACUUGCCAAUUCUGAACAUUUCUCAACUCAGAGAAGAGUCUCAUUCUGCACUGUGAAGACUCUCGCCCUAUAAGAUUCUGAAAGUGUGAAAUUUUGAAUAAGAAUUUCAUAAUCUCUGCAUUUCAAUCGAACAACAACCUGCCAACACAUUUCAAGUAUGCCAGACUCUUAGUUAUUCCGGAAUUCAAAGAACAGCGCUACCCCCAACAUCACAGACUAUGAAAAGGUAAACACUCUCCAAAUCAGGUGCAGUGUGUCACUUCAAGUAUGUCUUAUCAGUGUUCCUAAGUACACCUUUCUCUUACUGCUUUAACUUUCACUCAGUCUUCGUUAAGCAUUCGCUUGCUUUUCCCGGUUCAAUAAUUGAAUUAGCUCAAGUCAUUUCAAACUCUUUGUUAGUUCAGAGUGUCAAAAAAACAAGGUAUAACAUGAAAUGUUUAUUUAAAGUUAAGACAAGGCGUCUGUUUUGAACUUCUUGAAUUAGUGCAAUUCGCUGUCGUGAAGUGUGUUUUGUCCGUGUUCGUAAGAAAACGCUGUUUUCAGUGAUUUAACUUAGUCGCACCUAAGCAAGUGCUUACUUCAAAUGUUAGAUAAUUUCUUGUGUUUUUGAUGUUAGAAUCGCCGGGUAUUAAACUGAGAAAUAUGAAAAUUAGAGGAUGUUAGACCUAGAACAUUAGAAUUUCUGCAAUUCCAUCUUUCCACGAUUCCUAGAAUCUGAAACUCUAAUAUUUUCGAAUUUUACACUUCUAUAACUCUAAAAUUCUGCAAAUGCGGAAUUAUAGAAUUGUGAAAGGUGCCGUUCUUAAAAUGUAAUAUAGUGCAGUUUCAUUUCAUCUAUUUCUUACGGGAUGUUUUAUGUGAAAACUCUAAUAUUUCGAAAUAUUAAAAUUAUAGUAUUCUAGUAUUGUGAUAUUCUCCUGUUAUAAGAUAUUAAAACUGUAAUAUUCAAAAUUCUAGUAUUCUGAUAUUGUAAAAAGGUAAAACUGAGAUUGUCUAAAUUUCUUUCAUAUAAACAUUAAUCCGUUUAUAUUUGUGGUUCGUGAACUACAUGCGAGAAGAAGAGAGAGGAGAUGUUUUCAUUUCAUUCUUCUCGUUUGUGUCAUCUCUUUAUACAAUAUACUAGCGUUCACUGUUCUAUAAAAGAAUCACCUGGCAUCUCGUAUAAAAGAAAGAAAACGAUUGUUCUCUAUUCUUCUCUCCCCUUGGUUUAUAGAAUUGUGAAAGGUGCCGUUCUUAUAAUCUAAUAUUGUGCAGUUUCACUUCAUCUAUGUCUUACGGGAUGUUUUGUGUGAAAACUUUAACAUUUCGAAAUAUUAAAAUUAGAGUAUUCUAGUAUUGUGAUAUUCUCCCCUUAUAAGGAAUUAAAAUUGUAAUAUUCGAAAAUUCUAGUAUUCUGAUAUUGUAAAAAGGUAAAACUGAGAUAGUCUAAAUAUUUUUCGUAUAAACAUUAAUCCGUUUAUAUUUGUGGUUCGUGAACUACAUGCGAGAAGAAGAGAGAGGAGAUGUUUUCAUUUUAUUCUUCUCGUUUGUGUCAUCUCUUUAUACAAUAUACUAGCGUUCACUGUUCUAUAAAAGAAUCACCUGGCAUCUCGUAUAAAAGAAAGAAAACGAUUGUUCUNUUCUGAUAUUGUAAAAAGGUAAAACUGAGAUAGUCUAAAUAUUUUUCGUAUAAACAUUAAUCCGUUUAUAUUUGUGGUUCGUGAACUACAUGCGAGAAGAAGAGAGAGGAGAUGUUUUCAUUUUAUUCUUCUCGUUUGUGUCAUCUCUUUAUACAAUAUACUAGCGUUCACUGUUCUAUAAAAGAAUCACCUGGCAUCUCGUAUAAAAGAAAGAAAACGAUUGUUCUCUCAUCUUCUCUCCCCUUGGUUUAUAGAAUUGUGAAAGGUGCCGUUCUUAUAAUCUAAUAUUGUGCAGUUUCACUUCAUCUAUGUCUUACGGGAUGUUUUGUGUGAAAACUUUAACAUUUCGAAAUAUUAAAAUUAGAGUAUUCUAGUAUUGUGAUAUUCUCCCCUUAUAAGGAAUUAAAAUUGUAAUAUUCGAAAAUUCUAGUAUUCUGAUAUUGUAAAGAGGUAAAACUGAGAUAGUCUAAAUUUUUUUCGUAUAAACGUUAAUCCGUUUAUAUUUGUUGUUCGUGAACUACAUGCGAGAAGCAGAGAGAGGAGAUGUUUUCAUUUUAUUCUUCUCGUUUGUGUCUUCUCUUUAUACAAUAUACUAGCGUUCACUAUUCUAUAAAAGAAGCACCUGGCAUCUCGUAUAAAAGAAAGAAAACGAUUGUUCUCUCUUCUUUUCUCCCUUUGGUUUAUAGAAUUGUGAAAGGCGGAGUUCUUAAAAUCUAAUAUUGUGCAGUUUCACUUCAUCUAUGUCUUACGGGAUGUUUUGUGUGAAAACUUUAACAUUUCGAAAUAUUAAAAUUAGAGUAUUCUAGUAUUGUGAUAUUCUCCCCUUAUAAGGAAUUAAAAUUGUAAUAUUCGAAAAUUCUAGUAUUCUGAUAUUGUAAAAAGGUAAAACUGAGAUAGUCUAAAUAUUUUUCGUAUAAACAUUAAUCCGUUUAUAUUUGUGGUUCGUGAACUACAUGCGAGAAGAAGAGAGAGGAGAUGUUUUCAUUUUAUUCUUCUCGUUUGUGUCUUCUCUUUAUACAAUAUACUAGCGUUCACUGUUCUAUAAAAGAAUCACCUGGCAUCUCGUAUAAAAGAAAGAAAACGAUUGUUCUGUCGUCUUUUCUGCCUUUGGCUUACGAUUUUAUAUUCGAAUACUGUGAUAUUGUUGGAUUAUAAGAUUAUUAAAUUGUGAUAUUCUACAAUUCUAAUAUUCGCAAAUUCUGGUAUUCUCAUGUUCUGAUAUUGUGAAAUUGUAAAACUGAGAUAGUCUAAAUUUUCAAUCAGUUUGAUGAGGAGCUGCUCUUAGGGCUUCGAAGAUCCGUUUUUCUGGUGAAGCAACUUUUGAGGGACUCUGAAAAUGAGCCAUAACUUGUCGUAAUGAGCCAUGCUUGUAGCCCGCGCAUUUCUGAUGAAAAUGACACCUCUCUCGACUCCGCUUCGGCUUUCUUUGCAAAGUUACAGGAUUUACAAGAAAAGCGCUGCGUUAAUGUCUUCUUAUUUCUAAAGCUUUGAGUUGAGAAUGAAUAUUUAGGGCUUUCCUUAUAAAUUCUCUAACUUUACAAAUGAAGGUCAUGUGUAGUAGGAAGGGGUUUUAUUUUAAUCAGAAAUGUUCGGGCUACAAGAGUGGCUUAUUAGAAAAAUUUGGGUGUUUUUCAGAGUUUCUGAAAAGCUGGGUUUCCAGAAAGCCAGAUCUUGGAAGCCCUAAGAGCAGUUCUCAUAUUCAUAUUGGGAAUCAGCAUCAACGAUAACCUAUGGUUUCGUUGAAGAAGCGAAGGGGCACUAAAGAACGUUCCCCCGUUAGUGCUUUAAUUUUCAAUUGGUUAUUAAAUAAACUGAUAUUGUAAAAUUGUAGAUUUGAAAUAGUCUAGAAUUGUAAUAUUCCGAUGGAUGUAAACUCCUAAAAUUGUGAUAUUCUGGAAUUGGAAUAUUCGAAAUUCUACUAUUCGAUUAUUGUUAUAUUGCAAAAUUCUAAUAUUCUAAUAUUGCAGAAUUCUAAUAUUAUAAAAUUCUAGUAUUAUAACAUUCUGAUGUUCGAAAAUUCUAGUAUUAUUACAUUCUGAUAUUCGAAAAAUCUACUAUUGCAAUAUUCUAGAAUUCUAAUAUUAUAAAAUUCUAGUAUUAUAACAUUCUGAUGUUCGAAAAUUCUAGUAUUAUUACAUGCUGANUACUAUUCGAUUAUUGUUAUAUUGCAAAAUUCUAAUAUUCUAAUAUUGCAGAAUUCUAAUAUUAUAAAAUUCUAGUAUUAUAACAUUCUGAUGUUCGAAAAUUCUAGUAUUAUUACAUUCUGAUAUUCGAAAAAUCUACUAUUGCAAUAUUCUAGAAUUCUAAUAUUAUAAAAUUCUAGUAUUAUAACAUUCUGAUGUUCGAAAAUUCUAGUAUUAUUACAUGCUGAUAUUCGAAAAAUCUACUAUUGCAAUAUUCUAGAAUUCUAAUAUUGUAAAAAUCUACUGUUCUACUAUUCUGAUAUUUUGAAAUUAUAAGAUUGUAAAAUUCUAAAAUUGUAAUAUUCUAGACUUCUAAUAUUCGAAAAUUCUGUUCAUAUGUUGCCUGCAUACUGUUGCUUAUUUUAUGGAUUUAAUUUGUUUUUUGUAGAUUAUCGUUCUAAAAAUUCGUGUAUUCUUAAAAUGUCUAAAAGUAGUAUGGAUGCGGAAGUGUUUCGUGCGGUAAAACGUUCGUUAGCCGCUUUGGUUGUCAACAGCCCCAAUGCCUCGACAGUACCAAAAGAAAACGGAGGAUCAUCUAUUUUCAUUCUAGCGCGUCAAGUUGAACAAAACGUACAAGUGAUAUCAGGUUCUUCAAGUGUACAGGAUGCUCAAGAACAACGAGAGCAAGAUCAUCAAAUUACAAGUGUGUCAGGCGUGGUUGCAAAACAAGUAAAACAGGAAACGCUUGAACCAAUGGAGGAUAUGAUGAAUCAAGGUGUUGAGGUACCUGUUCCUCAAAUAUACAUUAUGGGUCUCCCCCGUAGUAUCACAAGAGAACAAGUUUUUCAAGUAUUCUCAAGAUACGGUUUGGUCAGAGAAAAUCCAACAACAAGACAGCAGGAGAUUUACAUCUACCCAAAUCUUGUUCGUCAAUGUGCUUGUGCAACUGUACUAUACACAAGUACACAAGACGCUACAUUGGCGAUACAUUCGCUAAAUGGUAAAUGUGUGGAAGAGUUCUCGUACAAUGUUAUAAACGUGAACUAUAGUCGCCGUUAUUACCAAAAUUAUGUGUUACGGCGACAACCACGAGCACCACCAAGAUAUCAAGAACCUCAGGAACAUCAAGAACAUCAAGAUAACUAA